UCUGGGCGUUAGGGGAAGCGCGAGCGAAUUUCUCUCGUAAGCUCGCGGAGCGCGCGAAGGUACGCGCCAAGCGGAAUGGAAGCGGCGGCUUCAGUCGCGCGCGAACCUCCGUCGAAGAACGGUCUCCACGAUCGGCGUAGUCCGGGUCCACCCUAUCGAUCGCGAUACGGUCUGUGAUCUCCGAAAGAGAAAUCAGUCGAGGGGUGUAAAAGCGAAGGGGUCGAUUUUCUUCCUUUUCUUUUUUUUUCCCUCAUAGCGCGAAUUCGCGAACCGGUGUGAUUAUGACAAUACGCGAAAUCGGAAGCGAGGCGAGAUUCAAGGAACGAGAAUGAGGAUCCCUUAUCGCGGCCUUCGUAUCGAGUACUUCGACGAGUAAACGACCUGUGAAAGUAGACAUGUGGAAGUGUUGGAUCCUGUUUCUGUGCUUCGCAGGCUUAUCCUCGGCUGUUUCGGACUUGUCAAAUCUUAACGUCAAUUCUUUGACGUCUAAUCAAUCGAUAACAGUGCGACAACACGAAUCCGUGAGACGAUUCGCGUGUCCCAUAGGAUUCUUUCGACUGAAACGAUUCUGUUAUUACCUGAGCGCCGGCAUAGCGCCAUGGAGAGACGCGUACUUCCAUUGCAAGGACAGAAAUGCCACCCUGGCUAUAUUGGACAGAAAUGGAAAGGACAGGAUGUUGAGAAGGUACUUGAUGGGGGAUCAGUUCACGAAAUUGGAGCGGUGGAUCGGCGGAAUUUUCAACUGGCAACAGAUGGCCUGGGAAUGGGGUGUGACGGGUGAGAAGAUGGUUUUCCAGAGUUUCGGGAAAAUAGAACCCGGGAAAUCUGAGAAGUACGCGUGGCAUUGUAUCAUAAUGGAUCCCGCAUUGAAAUACAAGUGGAGCGCGAGAAGCUGCGUCGAACGGAAGCAUUAUAUAUGCGAAGUGCCCGCCGGUCGUUUAUCAAGAAGACGCAAGAAGUCGGAUCCUUUUGCGCCGCAAAACCAAAGAUUAAAACCCAGAAAAAAGGGUAAGAAAUAUUUAAACGAACAGAGGAAGCUACAGGGAAAAAAGAAGAAUCGCACAAACUGGCGAAGAAAUUGGACGGACCAAAGAGAGAAUGAACAAUGGGCUCAUGGUGUCAAACUGGGAUCGCGGCCACCUUCCAAACCCAGAGAGCGCAUGCGACAUCGUUCGAAUAGGACCCGUUUGCAGCCAGCUGAGCCAAGAGUUGCCCAAGUAUUGCCUCAAGGGCGAGAAUACGGCGCUUUUCUGGGUGGUAGACUCAAUAGCCAUCAGUCACAAAAUUUGGACAUGAAUAAUGUUCUUUCGCAAUUUCACAAUAAAAUAAACGAUUUCGCGCGGGAAGAGAUUUUGUUGAAGCCAUAAAGAAGAAACGUAAAUUAUUGAUAAUUAUAAUUACGGUUGCAACUUUAAUUUUCUUACUCUAUUAUAUAAUGUAUACGCAACUAAAAAAAAAAAAAAAACUUGCAUGUGAGAUUUUUGUUAUAAUGAUACUAUCGAACUGCCAAUAUGCUGACACAACCAUAUGCAACAUAUACAACCAAUUGCAAAAAUAAAUUUUGCAAAACUGCGAAGAAAUAUUGCAAGAUUAAUCUCAGAUUCCUUAAUGUUGCUGAAUAUUCGUGACAAUUUCAAAAAUCUACUGAUUGAUUAAUAGAUCAAUCAUAUAUGGAUAAAUAAUGAUAAGUAAUGAUCACAUAAUAUUUAUGUAACUCAAUUGCGUUCGAUGUUAUUAAAGACACGCUUGUCUAUUUAAAUAUUAUCUCUCUCUACUUAUUUAUAUAUUGUAAUACUAUUACAAAAAAUUAUUCAAAUUAUCUUUCUCUAUCUCGCGAUUAUUUUGCUAAACAUCUUGUGCAAUUAAUUAAUUAUAACGCGUAAAUAAUUCAUGUAUCGAUUAAAAAUUUAAAGCUGCCGAUUAUCACUGCUAUCCGCGACGGAUUGUACGAAUUAAAUAUGCUGUUAUAAUUGUUAAUCAAUUAUCUCACAAUAUCUGUUUAUGCUAAUGAUAAUUUUUAUAAAUCAAUUAUUUAAUCAGAUAGUGAAUCAAAAAAGUAAGAUAACGCUCGUAUCUUCAUAUUUCAAUCCACCCUUGUGUUUGUUAUUUUUUCACUGCUUCGUUUGUAAAUAUAUCAACAUAGGUUCAUCGAUAUAUAUAUAUAUAUAUAUAUAUAUAUAUAUAUAUAUAUAUAUAUAUAUAUAGUAUAUAGCCCCUAUGUAUUUAAUGAUGUACAAUAAAAUAUUGAUAUACAAAU